GGAGAUAUAAAACCUGCCCAAUCACCUCAUCUUAUAUUCAUUAAAAUCGCCAAAAACACAAGCUCGAACAAAUGUAAAAUAAAUAAUUCAACCAAAAACAAAGGACCACUCGAUCUCAUGUUCUUCAACAACAAUUCAUGACCUUAACAUCUUGAUCCAUCAAACCAUGGCUGAAUCUGAUGCAGACAUGUCCACAAUAAGGUUUGUGCACACAGUCUCCGAGGCAGGCCGGCUUCUCCCUUCAGCCAGCAGAUGGAACUCCAUAGAAAUCAACUUCAAUCUCCUCCCUCAAUCCUCUGCCCCGGGGUUCGAUUCUCUCCCUUCCCGCUUCUCUAAAUCUUUUGAUUUCAAUCUUGUUAUUACUGACAGAAAGUACUUCAAGCGUUUUGUCAUCAUCGUGGUCGCCAUAGUUCUUGCUGUCACUUUACUUGUUCUUCUGUUGAAUUUCUUGCCACACAAACAUAACCAUCAUGCCUAUUCCAAGAACCUUACGCUUGCUCUCAACCAAGCUCUUGUGUUCUUCGACGCUCAGAAGUCUGGGUAUUUACCAAAGAACAACUCUGUAAAAUUUCGUGGAGAUUCAGGUUUACAUGACGGGAACACAAGCAGUGUGGAGACAGAUCUUAUUGGUGGUUUUUAUGAUUCUGGGAACAAUAUAAAGUUUAGUUUCCCAACAGCUUACACAAUUACACUAUUGAGUUGGACAGUGAUUGAGUAUCAUCAAAAGUAUGAAGAUAUAGGUGAGCUUGAACAUGUCAAGGACAUUAUCAAAUGGGGCGCUGACUACUUGCUCAAAGCCUUUGCUCCUCCAAAUAUUACUUCUGGUCUUCCCCCCACUUUGUAUUCCCAGGUUGGAAGUACUAGUAAUGAUACCAAGAUUGAAAAUGACAUAAACUGCUGGCAAAGACCAGAGGACAUGGCCUAUCCAAGACCAGUCUCGCUUUGUGGCAGCACAGCUUCAGACCUAGCAGGCGAAAUCGUUGCAGCUUUAUCAGCAGCAUCACUAGUAUUCAAAGAAGACACUGAUUAUUCAACGAAACUAAUCAAAUCAGCAGAGGAAUUGUUUGAGAUUGCAAUAGGGGUAGAUCAGAAACAAAAAGGAAUGUACACCGCAAUUCUGGACUGUGGAGGACAAGCAACACAAUUUUAUAACUCAACAAGCUAUCAAGAUGAACUGGUUUGGGGAGGAACUUGGCUGUUCUUUGCUACUGGGAACACUAGUUAUCUUGGAUAUGCUACUGAAAAUUUUUUCUUGGCUGAGAAAGAGGAAUUAUUUUCUGAGAAAGGGAUUUUCUAUUGGAACAACAAGCUCACUGCUAACGCAGUAAUUCUAAUUUUAAUUAAUUUUUGGGUUUUGCUAACGAGGCUUAGGUUUUUCCGUGAUCUUGGGUACCCAUAUGAGGAUGCUUUCACAGAAUCAUCAAACAGAACUGACUUGCUAAUGUGUUCAUAUCUUUUUGAUCUAGCGUUCAAGAAGACAGAGGGUGGAUUGAUCCUGUUGAAGCCUGACUAUGGUGCACCGUUACAGUAUGCUGUGACAGCAUCUUUUCUAAGCAAAUUGUACAGCGACUACCUUGAGCUUCUGCAUAGAUCCGGCAGCAGUUGCAGUCCUACUUAUUCUUCUGCCUUCUCCCUUGACACGUUGCGGAGGUUUUCGAAAUCGCAGGUGGAUUACAUACUAGGGGAUAAUCCCAUGAAAACAAGCUACGUAGUAGGAUUUGGAGCCAGUUAUCCAAACCAAGUUCAUCACAGGGCUGCAUCAAUACCAUGGGAUGGUCAAGCCCAUUCCUGUGCAGAAGGAGACAAAUGGCUAAACUCAAAAGAAGCAAAUCCAAAUGAGCUAUUGGGAGCCAUGGUUGGAGGACCGGAUCAAAACGACAUUUUCUUAGACGAGAGGGAAAAGCCGUGGUUCACAGAGCCGAGCAUAUCGAGCAAUGCUGGCUUGGUGGCUGCGCUGAUCGCACUUCAUGAACCUCCUCGCAAACUGUUGGAUUCUAGUGACAGCAAAUUAGGCAUAGACCAGAUGGGUAUGUUUGGAAAUAUUAAGCUAAUUCCUUGAGGUCUUUUGGAAUUUCACCAUCUGUGACUCUUGAGUUAUUCAGAAGAAUGAAUGAAGGAAGAAAACAAGAAACUAGAAUAUGGAACUCAGAUUGCUUAUAUUAUCUGUUUUAACUAAUAAGUUGUAAAGUUUGGAGGAGUUGUAUACUGAAGAAUAAGUCUAGAUGUUAAUUAUUUUUCCGCCUAA